AUGUGUGUUUCUCUGUCAUGUCUCAUUUCUCGCACCGGCGCUCACCAUCUCCACCGUCCCCCUUCCGACGGUGUUUGUGUUUGUGCUUCAUUUCUCGCCUUGCCUGCAGUUGCCGACCUUCCACACAUCUCUUUCCUUUUUUUUUUUUUUUUUUUGCCUCUCGCUCUCUUUUUCUUCCUGAACCAAACAACAACAAAAAGAGAAAACAAAAAGGGGAGGAGGGACACGCCUGUCUGUGGCUGGGCGGUGCCACAUUCUUACAUCCACCCGCAGUAUCCUUCGCGGCCUGCCUCUAUUUCUCCGGGCCGAAGUGACGCACGCACCAACGCACAUAGAAACAUGUACACGACAAAAAGGAAAAUAUCACACGAGUCGAGGCCCGCAAGUCCCUACACGACGACGAGGACCACCACCAACAGCAACAGCAACAAGGACAACAAAAUUGGGGACGAACUGCUGCCGCUGCACGGCGAUCCCUGUCUUCGGAGUGCGGGUGGAGCCGGGGUGGCUGCGGCUACCGGUGACGCUGACGGCCACUUGCAAAAAGCGGGGAAGAAACUACUCAACCCGAUAAACACACCAGCCGCCGGCGUUAAACCCGACCCUGGCACGAGGGCAGUGAACCCAAAGAAGGUGUCAAAUACGGCAUUUUCCGCCCUCCCCCUCUUCGCACACUGUUCUUCUCCGACGGGGGCUAACGGGCAGGGAUUUCCUGCCGCUGCUGCUUCUGCGGGGUGGAGAGGGGCUGGCGAAUCCACUAAGAAGGGGAAAAACGACAUUUUUCAUGCCCCGGUUCGCUAUGUGCGGCCCACACCAAAAGAGAGACGCGAGCGAAUCUACGCGUACUACGCGGCGAAAAAACUUAUACGGGAGGCGGAGGCCAACUCUACACCGUCGCCCUCCGAAUUUCCCACGCCUUUUUCUUCUCAUGAGGCAAAUACUCGUGUGGCUGCUCCCGAUGGAACGCCAAGCGCGUCUGACACCGGCGCAAGGGAUUACAUAAACGAACAUGUGGAGCCUCAGAAGGACGGCGAGAAUGAAGUUUCGGAACCUUUGCGCAAAGAAAAUUUACCUCACUCGGACUCUGUAAAUGCUGAGGAGAGGUUACUCGAGCAGCUUCGCUACUUAGUUGAUCGGUACGAGAAACUCUACAACAGGGAAACGUUUGAUUGUAGCAAACGAGUCUUCCCAGUGCCUGCUCUCUCGCAACUGGUACACACGGAGGACAGUGAAGAGCAGCAACAGCAGCAGGGGCAGCAGCAAGGGAAGGAGGGGAGACCUGACUCUCCGACAGAAGAAUAUGCGUUCCGGAGCAAGGAAUCAUCAAUGGCACCUGGAUGUGACGAUUGGGGGCGACGUUUUGAACUGACGCUCUCUGCUCCGCAUUGGCAGGGACUUUCGGGAUUGGAUGAGUCUUUUCCUUUAUAUGAGACGGACCCCUCAAUUAUCCACCAAAGCAACGGCGAACAUGUUGGCGACGCGCUGCGUGAUACGCUCGCUUUUGAGCAGGAACGCCGCACACAAGGGGUACGGCGGCACCUCAUGAAGGCACUGUUGAGUUUUGAUUUGGUCUCACAGCAAUCGAGAAGAGGGAGGGAUGAUGGCCGCACAUCGACAUGUAGAACGGCCGGCUUUCAAAAUUACCCCUUUGAAGAUUUGACAGGUGUCUGUGAGACUCUUCUUGAUACGCCUGUGGACGCGGCGCCACACAGCCAUGUGAGACAGUUGUUAAAAUGGCUCGCAGAGGAGCCCACUGUGCAGAAAUGCGCCGAGGCUACCGGACGCUUGGUGACAUAUGUUCUUAUGCGCUCCCUCCCUGUGGAGCUGUACGAAGGGGAUCCGGAAGAUUACCGUACAUUACGUCAACGCAGUCGGAAGGCGGAAGCUAUGUCUUGCUCAAAAACACGAGAAGCGUGUUCGGUUGGCGAUUGGAGGAAAAGAGAUUCACCCACACAAUUGACCCAAACAGCACCACAAUUAACGGAAUUGCGUCAUGUGACCGAAGUGAAGUCGGAUAAUAAUAAGACAUUGACGGCAUUUAAUGAGGAGACAAAAGUGGACAAUCGCUACUUCCUUCAUCAGGAUUCCAUGUCGCUCACACAGGCGCUGCAAAGCGUGGCUCUCCAGAAGGGCAUCUGGCUUUCCUCCACUGUUCCGAUGAUGCAGCGUCCGCCUCUUCAUGCUUGUGGGCUUCCGCUGCGAGUCGCGCGUGGCAUCGCAUUAUGGCAACGUCCUCCCAGUGGCUCCAAGGACUCCACGUUACAAGGCAGCCAGGGCUUGAUGAAUGGAAAUGCCAAUACCGUCGAGACUUUUAAAAGCGGUAAAAAUUCGCGAGUAAAUUCACCUGAGGAGGCGGAUGAUUGGCGCCCCAAGACCCUCGCACCACUCCUCAUUAUUGCCUUUGGUGGUUACGGCGUUGCUCCGUUUAGUACCUGCGGGUCGCCACUGUCAACACCCAAGGGAAUGACAGGAGAAGUGGAUUUUUCUUUUGCAUCGGAACAACAACAUGCUUCUGAUGGCGCGAAUAACACAAUCCUCUCCGCCAUGAAUAACUUUAUGCAUCCGGAACCUGCGCUGCUACCACUUCAGUCUGUUAUGCGGGUCAUUUACGGCAGUGUGCGCUUAAACCGAUUGAUAAGUAUGGAUGAAAUUGCGGAUGUCUUUCCACCUGUCAUUUUGGAACUAUUGAUGGACGUUGUUAAGAGUUUUAGGGAUAUUUUUCAGAGUAUCUUAAACAUGUCAUUUGAACCGGCAUCUUCUCGUUCUUUCUUUCUUCAUACGUACCGUGAGACACUGCUGAGCUGGGCCACCAUUGUUGUUUGUGAGGGCCGCUAUGGGGCACGCCGCGGAACGGGCCGUCUGGGGACCUUUAAAGGUGCCGUGGACAAGUGGUGUCAUGCCAGGCAAAUUUACGGAGGAACAACUGAGAAGAUUGCAUUUUCUGGACUUGUUGAGAGGACGCUUCCAAGCAUGACGCAAUGGGAGUAUGACGAGCAGCUUUUUAUCCACACAAUAGACACGCUUCGCUCGGUAGUUAUUGAAACCAUAGGACGUGUUAAAGGCGAAUUGUAUUUUUUCAUGACGGGAGUUGAUAGUCGCAAAGCCGUUCUUGAGCAGCACCGUGAACGAUUACGUCGGUUUCGUGCGCGAGAGCAGGCAAUAAUAGCGGAGGCUGAGGAGCGUUUGCAGGCAAGUUUACCUGGUGGGAAUGUGGGCGUAACGAGGCCGACAAGCGCCGUUCAGUCCAUGAGUCAGGGGGAGGGGGAUAGGCCGCAGUCACCGUCGCGAAUUCACUCGCCCUACAGAGCUGGGCGAUCUUCCAGUCGUAGCUGCAGCCGUCACGAACAAAGUCGUCAUUUUCCUUUUCGUCGGCGUCCAGAUAACUGCAAGAGAUCCUUUUUUUCUAACGCGGGUAAUGAUUCAUGUCAGCGCACCGGAGAAUUUUCCUCUCGGCUGCCAUCUAAUUUGAUGCCCCGGCAACCAGGUUCCAAGUUGCAUGCGGGGAAGCGACAUAUGCAUGAAGACGGUGCCGUUGCAGAGAAUACUUUUUCUUCAUUACAGUCAACAUUGAAGCACUCACCGGAAUGGGGGGAUAAUACCGCACUGGAAAGCCAAUUUAUUGAUGGCAGCGCUGGUCCUCCGCUUUCGUUGAGGAAGGAAUUAGUUCCGUUGAAGAGUUUUUCCCUUUCUUCUACCAUUUCCGCUUUAUUCAAAAAGUCGACCGCGUCAUGCAAGGCGUCACAGGGACAACGGCAACCGUCGCCGGGGUCAUUUUUAUUUCGCACAGUGUCUUCAGGUACGCAAUCAAUUCGAUCCAUGGGACGACAGAAUGUAUCGGAACUUGCUGAAAAAUUGACAGUACGCAAUGUACGACGGGAACUUGUCUCUUUAAAAAUCCGGACUCGACAAUCGACGGUUGUGGCACGCGAAUCGGUGGAAGGAGAAGCUCUUUGUUCUCAAUUGUCUCCGCAAACGAAGAUGGCAUCCACGCAAGCUACAGGAAACUGUGGCUUGUCUGAUACUUGUAAAUAUGGCUUGGUUUCCGCCGCUGGAGGUUUUGGUAUGACCGUGACGACCCCGUCAUCUUUUUUUCGGUCCUCUUUGACGGCACCUAACCCACUCGAUGGGACACGGUCAAAGCCCACAUCGGACGAAACAACACUUGCCAGUGUUGUUGGUGCGAAGCAGGCGGCGUCCGUGGCACGAAUACGAAGAACCUGCGAAAACACAGCCCAGUUUUACCUGCACUUCAAUAACAUGAUAAAUGCUGAUGGAAGUGGUCGUUGCACCGGUGCGGAGAGUCAGUGGUACGCCACGGGGAGUAUGGGGUUCUACGAGCGCCGUGCGGUUGCGACCAUUAAGCGUUCGCGUCAGGUUGCUGGGUUUGACCUGCACCACCUUUCUCCCAUUACGGCAUUGGAGAGGUGUGUGCAGUGGCCGUCUUCCAGAGGCGCUCCGAGUCACACCGGCCGACAAGAGGAGGGGGAGGAGGAGGAACAACGAGAAGAAAAGGGAGGAGGAGGAGGAGGAGGAGGACAGCCGUCACCGUUGGCACAAACUUUGCGAGCAAAAGCGUGCCAAAAAAAAGGGUGGUGGACCCUCAAACCAAAGGAGUUGCAUUUGGGGGAGAAAAUGGUGCCAUGGACGUUGUAG